GAUAUAAUGAAUUAAUUCUAUAGUCAACCCCUUACUGAAAUGUAUUCAACCGAUCUUUCUACAUAAAAAAGCACGGUCUGUUAAAAAAAUUGCAACAGAGUAUUACAGUGUCAAUCGACACAUUUACAUGUUUAUAUAUGAAUUUGAUUUUACAACACCCACAAUCGUUAGAAACAAAAGUGCGUAGGCAAUUUUAAACCAAAUUUAUAGGUUAACUAGAUUGGGUUUCAUUAUAGUAACCAAUCUGUGCUUUAUAAAUAAACUGGGAAAAACAAAAACAAACUACUUUUAACAUAGCUUCGAUUGCUUCACUUAUUCUGAGGACAUAAGUUGAAUUAAAAGUUUUUAGUAUUUCGGUUAUUUGGAUACAGUAGUGUUGCUUCUUUGGAUUUCGGUGACGAUUAUCAUGGCAUCAGCAGACGUUGGUAUGGCGUAUCAGCCACCUUCUCAAAUGAGUCCUCAGAGUGGUAAUAUGACAACAUCAACUAAAGUGCUCAAUCUUUCGAGAGCCCAAGUCAACUUGGCUCAACCAGCAUAUGGUGCCUAUCCAACAUCAGUAUCCCCACAACAAUCCACUCACACAAAUGCCUAUAAUUAUGCAACGCAACAAAGUCAAUCACCCCCAUUUUAUGCUUAUCCCAGUCAGACAGGAGUUGGACAACCUGACAGCAACUUCACUAAAACAGGUUUUCAAAAUUUCGCGCAACCUCAAGUUUUCACAAUUGGUUCUAACCAAGGGUCUCAAAUGCAGCCAACUCAGUAUCGACAACAAAUUCAACAGUCUCAACAACCGCAACAGUAUCGAGUUAUUGCAACUCCUUUGCAAACUACAAACAUGGAGCAACUGAAUGCUUAUCCUGUAAGUCAGAUUAAUUCACAACCUUCUUACAACACUCAACCAAAUGUCAUUUACUUCGGUCAGUCUGGACAAACUCAGCAGCAAUUACCGAUACAGCAACCUUACCAUCCAGAAACACAACAGCAAACAGGUCAAAUGGUGUAUGCAAGACCAGCCAGUCAGUCUUACGCUCCUCCAGGAACUGCCUAUCCAACUCAAGCACAAUUUACACCACAGGCUAACACAGGUGCAUUAUCCUUUCAGCCAACCAAUCAGCUAACAGCUUCGUCCCAGCCAAUCACCGUUCAGCCCGGUCAUCAGGUUAAUCAAACAGGCCAGCAGAAUUUUAAUCAGGCAUCAAGAUUUCAACACGUGUCAAAUCCUCUACCACCUUCACAAACUCCCCAGUUUCAAGUGCAAAAUCAACAAGUUUAUUCUCAAAUUCAAUCAAAACCUCAAUCACUAGCACAACCUUACACUUCACAAACUAAUUUUAAUCAAAUUGAACAGAAACCAACACCAGUUGCACAUUCCACUUGGAGUGCACAAGCUAACAAUCAAGUAAUUGAUAACAGAGAAAGACAACAAUAUUAUCAACAACAACAACAACAACCAGUUCAAACUUAUCAACAAGUUCAAACUAAUCAAUUCAACACACAGAAUACUUUACCACCUAUUGUAUCUAGUCAAGGAUUUGAUCAACAAGCACCCAGACGUACACCUUCUGGUGGUCAGUCAAAACAAAUUAAGGUCAAAUCACUGCCAAUGCGUAAUUCGGUUAGCAUAGAUGGUAUUGACUCAUCUGGUCCACCACAGUUUGUUGUCCAUCCUGUAGGCCAACUAACCAUAGCAGAAGGUGAACCAGCUAAUAUAACUGCUCGUGUACGUCCGGCUGGUGAUAGUACAUUGAUUGUUGAGUGGUAUAAAAAUGGCAAGCCAUUACCAGCAGCUUCUCGUUUCACAACGACAUUUGAUCGAGGCUACGCAGUACUUGAUUUUCUAUACGUGAAUGAGGAUGAUAAUGGAGAUUAUUCUUGUGUAGCAACGAACAGUCAAGGUCAAGACCAAUCAAGCAGUUGUCAUGUGACAAUUAUACCAGAAGAGGGAGUUGUCACUGAAACUCAAUUACCAGAAGAAUCUAUGAUUGCAAAUCUAGCUAUGAUGGAAGAUCAUUUAGUAAGAAAUGGAUUAGAUAGAGCUAAUCGUUAUCAUGAUGAUAUACGUCCAACAAAUCCACCAAAUUUUCUUAAACCACUUGCACCACAAGUUGGUCUUCGUGAAUCGGCUCCAGCACAUUUCGAAACAUGUGUAGAACCCACAAAUGAUCCUUCGUUAACAGUUGAAUGGUAUAAAGAUGGCAAACCUGUUAGUAUGGGCUGUCGUUUUAAUGCUGUAUUGGACCGGGGAUUUGCUAUGCUAGAUAUUCAUUAUUGUUAUCCAGAAGAUAAUGGAGCAUACUUUUGUGUUGCACGUAAUGCAGCAGGACAGGUACAAAGCAACGUGGUUGAAUUACAAUGUAAUGCAGAUGAACAUAUUGUCACUAGUUCAGUAUUAUCGAAAGAAUCAAUUACAUAUCUUCAAAGUUUGGAUAAUUGGGAAAGUGAUGCAAUGGCAGGUUAUGAUACAGUUAAAAGAGAAGAAGAAGAACCUCCAUGUGCACCGUCAUUCGAUAUUCUCCCUGUUGCUGUCACUGUCACUGAAGGUUCGCCAGCUAAAUUUAUUGUUAAAGCAGGUGGUUAUCCAAGGCCUAAAAUAUUCUGGUAUAUUAAUGGGGAACUGAUAGCCUCAUCUGGAGGUGGAGGAAAUUGGAGAAUAUUUCAAGAUGGUGGUAUUAGUAAUUUAGAAUUUCAUCGUGUUGGUACACCUGGUGAAUUACAUAUUAAAGCUGUUGCAAGAAAUAAUAUGGGUGAAGCUGCUGCUGAAACAAUAUUGAUUAUUGAACCACAAUUAGAUUUUAGACCAGAUCUACGUCAUGUUGAACCAGAAAAUCCAUUCAAAAAACUUGCACAAUUGAAAAAGGUAAAAUGUAGUGAUGAACUUUCAUCAGCUUUUCGUAAACCAAAAGCUCAAGCACUUGAUUUACGACGUUUAGAACGAGCACUUGAAGUUCGUGGUCGAUCUGCUGCUGGUGUAGAUGUUGAAGAAACAGAAAAUCUCUAUUCACGUGUUCAAUCUCAAUUACGUACUAAUAGACGUUCUAGUGUACCACCAAGAACACCGCCACCUUCACAACCUCAAUUACAGAAUGUUCAACCAAAUAAUGUUCAGUAUCAGAAACAAACAACAGCACCAAAUACACAACAGUAUCAGGCACAACAACAACAACACCAACAACAAAAUUUCCAACCACCAGCAAUGCAAAAACCAACGCCCGGACCUCAAUUUCAAGCUCCGGUACCACCACCACAGCAGCAGCAGCAGCUGAAUACAACAGUGAUCAGGUUGAAUGCAGCAUCUAAUCAACGUCCGGACCAGCCUUCACCGCCUAUACAAAUGUUACAGCCAUUAACAAUUAGUCCACCUGGACAAACACAAACACCAGUUGAAUCACCACGGAAUGUUCCAUCUCCUGCUAAGCCGACACCACCGCCGCCGCCACCACCACCAUCUGUGGCACCUGUUGCUCAAAAUGUGACAUUGCCCCCACCACCGUCAUCGCCUAUAAUGUCACCACCGAUUGUGAAUUCUAUGAUGCAAUUCUCUGAUCCUUCACCUACUCAAAUGGCUUAUUCUGAUGCAGUCAGCGCAGAUUUCACUAUUCAACUUUAAUAUAUUUUGUGACAAACACAAAAUAAUAAAAUAAAACAGAACAAAACAAAAUAUAUUAGUGAAUUAUCGAUGUUUAUCAAUAAUCAAUAAAAUAUUUAUAUUGAUUUUGAAAGAAUUCUAACAUUGUAAUCUCAGAUUACACUAAUCUUCAAUUUCAUUUUACUCUUAUCAACCAAUAAGCUUUAACAAACAGACAAAAUUAAAUAUAUUCUCAGCAAUUGCAUUUGGCUUCAUAUAUGUCUUACCCUUUCACAACUAUCGCUAUUAUUAUUACUAUUAUUAUCAUCAUCAUCAUUAUUAUUAUAACCGGGUGAAUUCGCUUAAAGCACAUAACCUGACAUGACUCCAUUAAAAAAGAGAAAUACAAAAAUGCAAAAUCCAUUACAAACCAAGAUAGUUUACAUUCAAUUACACUUGCUGAAUAACAACUAGACAAUAUAUUGCAUGCAUAUUCACUUAAUUUAUCGUUAACGGUUCUUUUUUUUUCUUUCUCUCCAUCCGUCAAUAUAACAAAACGAAGUGUUACAUUGUUUAUUGAUGACAUUUAAUGAAUUCUAACUUUAUAUUUAUCUAUAUCUUAGAGAUGAAAGCAUUCAAAUAACCAACCAAUCAACCAUUCAUUUAGUAUAGUUCACAAUGAUUUAUGCCCUAAUCAGUGAUUAUUCAAUUCUGUUAUGUUUUGUGUAUGUGCAUACUUUCUUCUUAUCACAUUAAAAGAAAUGAAGAAUAAUAUUGUUUUCUCUUUUAAUGGUUAAAUGAAAGUAGAUGUAAACAUUAACGGCUUAUUUUUUAUUUCUAUUACUAAACUAGACUUUAGAUUCACAUUUCGUCUAGAAAAAAAAAGAAAAGAAAUAAUCAGAUGAAAAUCUUUAUUAGUUAAACUGUCUGUCUUUUUUUUUGUAAACUUCGUCUUAGUUACUAUAGAAAACAUGCAUACAUACUUACAUACCAGAAAGAAAGAAAGAAUCAGAUACAUGGGAAAACCUUGAAUACAACCUUGACAUUAGUUGGUAUUAGUUUCUAGUUAUUUAAAUCUUCACUGUUACCUACCUUCAUUUCCUGUUCCUUCAGCUAUUCUGAUGAAUUAAUUUAGUUAAACAUUUUGUUUUCUUUAAAGCAAAAUAUAAUACAAUCCUACAAUAUGUUUAUAUUUACCUUUUAAAUGAUUAUGGAUGGAAAUAAUGGGAUAUGCAUGUACGUAAGGAAGAAAAUGGCAAUACAUUUUACAUUGUAUUCGAUUAUUGCUUUCAAUUUACAAAUCCUUUGUAUGGUUUAUUUGCAAUGCUUUUUACCCUUAACCCUUAUUCAAUUAAAAAUCAACAGUUUAGUUUUAAAUAUGGUUGAUAUUUCUUUUGAAUGGAUUCUUUGUUGUUUUAAUAUUUGGAUAUAAAGUUGUACGGUAAAUAGGAAGAAAAAAAUACUUUGAAGGUUGUUUCAUAAAACAUUUUUAAGGGGGUUUAGCAGCAUUUAUUCAAUUAAAGAGUUAUUUUUCAUCGUGAACUGAAAUGAGUUUAUAAAUCACUAAACAUUAGGAUGUAAAUAGUAGUUGUUUUGUUGGAGAUUAUGUUUGAGAGCAGGAAUCGAUCAAUGUUAGACCACCAUUGAAAACCUGGGAGCACUGGAUGGCCAUUUCGUGCUAGUAUGGGAAUCUCCAUCAGAGCGCAUCCACGAUCUCGCAUGCGGGACUCAUACAUCUGAUUUUUCUUGAUUAGACUCAAAAGAAAAAAUGAAUGAUUGGAGCUAACAUUUAAUGAACCGUUAUUAUGAUUCUUAAAGUUUAGUGAUGAAAAUUUUUGAUUGAAAAUAAAUUGAUUGGCUAACUUGUUUU